AUGGAGGCUGCAAGAGUGGAGGCCCUCCACCAAUUGGAGGAGAACAUGGCAGUUGGCCUUGUAUUUGGUUUCGAGCCACGACCUGUAAUAAGGGAAUGGAGUCUAGAAGAUUUUCUCAAACACCACCCGGUAAAAUUCAACGGGAAGACUACCCCGGAUGCAGCAGACCGGUGGCUGAAGGACCUGGAGAGAAUCUUCGAUGUGAAGAUGUGUCUAGUAGACAACAGGUUGACUUUUGCAAUUUAUAUGCUCACCGGAGAAGCUGAACACUGGUGGAUCAGUACAAAAUCCAUCAUGGAGGAGAGAGGUGAGCCUGUGACUUGGAAGGCCUUCAAAGGGAAAUUCCUCUCUGAGUAUUUCCCCAACAGUGUCAAGUAUGCCAAUGAGGUGGAGUUCCUCCAACUAACACAGGGGAACAAGACAGUGGUGGACUAUGCUGAGAAGUUCAAGCAUCUUAAUCGCUUCUAUACACUUCAACUUGAUGAGGAGUGGAGAUGCCAGAAAUUUUAG